CCCCAAGGGCACCAGUGUAGUGCACAAUCAGAUUACGUUUUUCAUCAAUCACUUGCAUUACCAGAACCCCGCUGGGUGAAGAGCGGGGUUCUUCCUGAUAGUAGGUGCAGUUUGCAUGAAGCGUUUGUCCUCCCGAUAACUGCACCAGUACAGAUGUUGGAAAAUGCAUUUAUAUUGAGGAUAAUAAGAGUUUCAAAAAUGUUUGUUGCAUUGUGGUUUAGAUAGAGGAGCGGCGACUAAAACAGAGGUGUAUGUUAAAGGGAGACUUCGGCGGGGUUGGAGUACAAGCGACGUGUUUACCUCUACAACAGACGCCGGUGUGGACUGACUGUGGCACCCAGCUGCUGAUAGUCACCUGAAGGUAUCAACAAAAGGAAAAUCUGUAUGCAACUUACACGUGUCUCAGAGCAGGAGAAAAGUGUCACACGUGCUUAUAACCUCAAGAAUGUCGCCUCUAAAGCCUGAGAAGAAAUCUCGGCUAAGCCCUGGAGACCCAAACUCGUAUUCAAGACCUGACCAGGUUGUUGUGUCUUCAAUUCACUUGGAUUGGGAUGUGGAUUUCUCACGCAAAAUUGUCUCUGGAACAACUACACUCACUGUUGACCGCAAACAGGAGGAUGCUGUCCAUUUGAUUCUUGAUUCUCGGGACUUGGCAAUUAAAACUGUGAAGGAUGAGGAGACUGGUCAGCUACUGCAGUACACUCUCGGAAAAGCCGAUCCUAAUUUUGGAUCAGAGCUCAAAAUUGUUCUAUCUUCAGAUGCAAAGAAACAGUUCAAGGUUGAAAUAGAAUAUGAAACCUCUCCAAACUGCUCAGCCUUGCAGUGGUUGUCCCCGGAGCAGACAGCUGGGAAGAAGCAUCCAUACAUGUUCUCCCAAUGUCAAGCCAUUCACUGCCGCUCCUUAGUCCCAUGCCAGGAUACGCCAGCUGUAAAGAUGCCUUACACGGCAGAGGUGAGAGCCCCGUCUCAGCUGGUGGUGCUUAUGAGUGCACUGAGAGAUGGGCACCAGGAGAAAGGAAAACACAAGGUUUUCAGAUUUCAACAACCAGUGCCGAUGCCUUCAUACUUGAUAGCGUUAGCAGUGGGGGCACUAGAUAGCAGGAAGAUUGGCCCACGCUCAAAGGUGUGGUCUGAGAAGGAAUUUGUCGAGAAAGCAGAAUACGAGUUUUCCGAGACCGAGAAAAUGCUGAAGACGGCUGAAUCACUGUGUGGGGACUAUGUCUGGGAACAAUAUGACCUGUUGGUUCUUCCUCCAAGUUUCCCAUAUGGUGGAAUGGAGAACCCGUGUCUCACGUUCAUUACUCCUACAAUACUGGCAGGUGAUCGCUCGUUGGUGGAUGUCAUUGCUCAUGAAAUUACUCACAGCUGGACAGGCAAUUUAGUGACAAAUUCCAGCUGGCAGGACUUUUGGCUCAAUGAAGGCUUUACUAAGUUCAUUGAGAGAAAAAUAAUUGGACGGCUACGUGGGCCAAGAGCAAGACAUUUAUCUGCUCUUGGAGGAUGGAAGGACUUAUCUGAAUGUAUUCGGACAAGAGGAGAGAAAGACCCACUCACUUGUCUCAUACCAGACUUGACUGGGGUGGAUCCAGAUGACUCCUUUUCUACUGUGCCUUACGAAAAAGGACACACCUUCCUCUGGUACCUCGAGACGCUAGUGGGAGGGCCAGAUGAGUUUGAACCGUUCUUAAAGGCAUACCUGACUAAGUUUAAGUACCAGUCAAUUACCUCGGACACCUUCCGCAGUUUCCUCUUUGAAUUCUUUGUGGACAAAAAGAAAGUGUUCGAUGCAGUCGACUGGGAUGCAUGGUGGUACACUCCCGGCAUGCCACCCAUUAAACCCGAGUUUGAUGACUCGCUAGCUGUUGUGUGUAAAGACCUCUGCAAGCGGUGGAUUGAGUGGGACACAGCCACGGACUGCCCCUUCCAUGCAGAUGACCUUAACAAAAUGUCGCCUAAUCAAAUACGAGAGUGGCUGGCUGAGUUAUUCGGAGGAGAACAAUUACCAGUGGAAAAGCUCGAGAAGAUGAAUGAACUGUAUAAAAUGUCUUCUCGCAGUAACUCGGAAAUCAAAUUCCAAUGGUUACGGCUUGGUCUGAAAGCUCGCUGGGAUGACAGAGUCGAUGAAGCACUGAAGUUCAUUACAGAACAAGGACGCAUGAAGUUUGUUCGGCCCAUAUUUAGGGAUUUGUACGAGUGGAAGGAGAUGCGGAAACGUGCUAUCGCCGUUUUCGAAGCCAACAAGAGUUCCAUGAUGCAUGUAGCAGCUUAUGUUGUUGCCAAAGACCUCCAUUUGAAUGAAAAUGCAUAAGUUCAUUCAGUAAUAUUAAAUUGCCUACCAAUAUAUGGAAAAUGCUAUACAGUACUUGGAUUAUUAUAUCUGAAAUUGUAAUAUAAGUUGUCUGACAAUACUUUUUGAGGGCAUUUUUUUUAAUGGAGUUCACAUGUAUUCAGAGGUUUUAGUACUCGUAAAUUUGAUGGAAGGAUUAUGUGGUGAAUGUGGAUUUUGUGGAAUUGGAGAAGUAAUACGAUGACGUUAAUAGAGAAGGACUCUGGAGAGUAACGAACUUGUAUUGAGUUGGUGCUACAAAGACCCUUUAUGUAGGAUCUAGUACAAGCAUAACAGGGUACUGUGUAAUGAGCAAUUGCUUUGGUACUAUUGUAAGUGUAUCCCAUGGAUAUCCUCUUAGUGGUUCAGCUUGUUGUACAUAUAUAGAGGUUAUGAUGGAGGUAAAAUUGAGAAUAUCAUGGCAAGAUGUGAACCUACUGUAUCAUAAGAGUACCAGUAAUUAGAAUAUACAAAAGUUGAUGAAUGUAGAUUACUUAGUUCUUUUAGAGAAAACAAGGUUGAUUUUUAUAGAAAAGUUAAAUGAUUAAUGAAUGAGAUGAGUCUAUUCGAAGUGAAUGUUGACAGGUAAAGUUAGUGUUGAUGUGGAAUGUUGUUGUUUUAGAUUCAACUAUUUGGAACAAAAGUUCCGAGUAGCACAGGCUAUGGUGAGCCCAUAGUGCACUUGAAUGGGGAAAUGCUGAAGUUGUUGUUCAGAUUAAAUACCUGCGAUCUGUGGUGAACAAAAGAGGAAUUUUGUGCAAGUGAAGUUAAGGGAAGGAAAAUUGUUGAUGAAAUAGAAGUUGAUGCAAAGAACAGGAUUGGAAGGGACAUAGUUGAAGGUCUACUUGGUGGAGUGGUAGUGCCUUUCUUUAUGUUUGGGUAUGAAAGGUUGGUGUGGCAUGAAUAUGAAAAUUCAAGCAUUUUAAUAGUAAAAAGGAACUCUUUGAGAAGCAUAUGUGGUGUUUAGAGAAGAGAGUAAAAAAUGUAAAUGUCAUGGAAAAAUGUAAGCUGCAAAAGUUUAUCAAUUACAAAAUUGAGGAUUGUUCCAAGGUGGUUUGGUCAUACUGAACGAAUGAAUAAUGAUAAGAGAAUUUAUUUGAAUGAAUUUGAAAGGAGGGAGAGGAAGUUUUGAGUAAUUUGGCAUAUAUCAGAACCAGCUCUUUUAUAACACUAUAGGCAAAAUGUUAUACAGUACUGCUAUUACUUUAGGUAAAAAUAUUACCUAAAUUACUUGACUCCAGUAUGCAGUGUUACGUUAUUAUACAUAGCCAUUACAGUACACUGGCUCUUUUACCAGCAGUGUCGUUACAAUUGUAUAUGUAUCUUGUACAUGGAAAAUGGAAGAUGAAGAAGGUGGAGAGAGAGAGACAGUGAGUGCGUGUGAGGGAAUGCUUAGAACGAGUGUAAACAGUGUCGUAGAAAACACAUCGAGGUUGCACCUGUUUGUGAAGAGGAAGUCAGCAUAUUAGAUAUGACAGCUCACAAGGAGUACUGUACAGCUAGUCAGACUCCAUUGAUCCAGAUAUUAGUUGAUGUAAAGAGGAAAUGUAUAACACAAAAUUUUACAAAAAAUUAAGGAGCUCCACUUCAGGUAUAAGGUCAACAAAAACUCUCUCAAAAAAUGAAGUAAUGUGUUUAAUUUCAAGUACUAAUAUACUUUUAAACUUUAAUGAAUCCUAUUGGCGUAUAACACCAACCGCUUUCACUCAUCUUUGGUAAUGGGGCAUUUUUAAUCAGCUUUGUACUAUGGCUACUCAUUAGCCAAAUGAUGUAGCUUCAAGGAAUAUAACAUUUUUUAUGAUGGAAACAUCAGGAUUAGAAGCUAAAUCAGUUCAUCUAAUGUAUAAAGCUCUACAACACUCCAAUUAAGAAACUAAAACUUUUGUCACUAGUUGUAUUGUGCUGAUAUAGAACUGCAUUCAAGCCAUAAAGGACGUUCAGUAUUUUCUGCAAUAAGAACACAUUAUCCAAAAUAAAUAUAUGCUUAUACUGUAUGUAGCUUACAGUGCUGCCAUAAUGAGGAUCUGGUAUUAGGAAACAAGUAAUUAUUGUCUCGCUUGGAGAAUUAACAUGAGAAAGUAAUAGUGUUUUUAACUUUAUUAGGGGAAAUACAAAAAAAUAGUCUCCUGAAUUUGGAGAUGUCUUCAGUCAUUAGUGUACUGAUUCAUACACAUCCUUUCUUUGAUGUACGGUUCUACCUAAAAUCCAGCAGUAAUGAUACCUUGCGACCUAGACGGUACUACAUAAUCUUCCAGGCUUGCCACCUUGUCUGAUAAUUACUUACUUCCAGCAGUAAUGAUCAAGAUGCUUGCAUCUUGGACAUUAUGUCACUUACGGAAAUUAUACGACCUAUGGAAAUUAUAUGCUGAUUCAGCCGCGCUUAUGGAUCAACCUGUCCUCUUAAAAAUAACGUUGCUUUUCGCGCGUAUGCGUGCUAUGGUUGAAAACUGAUGUCAUUUGAAGUGAAAUCGGCUCAUGAAAGUGAUGUACUGUCCUGUUUUCUGUUUGGGUCCUCCAGCUUAGUCUAUUAGGUUAGGAGAGGACACUUUCAAUUAAUGGUCUUCAUGACGUUUUGAAACUUUAGGAGAAUUUCCUGCCAUCCUAACCUACCAGAGGACCCUUAACUUGCUGUUUUGGAAAAAAAAAAUCCCAAACUUAUCUUCAAUUUUUUUUUCAUUUUUAAAUUACAUCAGUUCGGGCAAACGGCUAAAUUGAGACGUAAUUUGUAAGAGGACAGGUUGUAUGGAUGCCCCUACCUUUUGUUUCAUAAUGUCUGCUGUGUUACUUUGGUUUUUAUAUGAGUAGGAACUUUAGGAUUUCUGGAUAUGCAGUAUUUUUAGUUUUUGUUGGG